AUGCCUGUGAAAGCCAUCGCUUCUAGCCGUGUAGCCAUUAACGGCAGGUUGAUAGCGGCAACGAUCGUUUAUUCUACAGCUUCUGGAAAAAUCGUGGAGAUCUUCGAGAAUGAGGUAGUACAUUCAGUUGGCGACCCUCGGUUACAGCGCUUAAACGUUACACAAUAUGAGAUUGUAUCUCCACAUGUCAUUAUGCCGGGGCUCGUAGAUUCACAUGUACAUUUGAACGAGCCAGGGAGAACAGAGUGGGAAGGAUUCGCCACCGGCACUAGAGCAGCUGCAAGUGGCGGUGUCACAACGCUGGUUGAUAUGCCUUUAAACGCAAUUCCCCCGACUACGACUGUGGAACACCUCGAUGUGAAAUUGGCUGCGGCUCGGGAUCAAUUGUGGUGUGAUGUUGCCUUUUGGGGUGGUCUUGUUCCUACUAACCUGGACCAACUUCUACCUUUAGUAAGGAGAGGUGUUCGUGGUUUUAAAGGGUUCUUAAUGGACUCUGGAGUAGAUGAAUUUCCUCAAAUUGAUGAGAAUUAUAUCAUGAAUGCCUUAGAUGUACUUCAAAAGGAGAAAACUAUGCUUUUGUUCCAUGCGGAACAGUGUCCGCCAUCUCCCGACCAUGGACUUACAGACCCAUCACAUACAGAUUAUAAUUUCGAUCACGUCAGAGCUCUUGAGGGCGGUGAGCAUCUUGCGCCUAGUCAGGUGAGUGCAUUGGCGGCAUCCAAAGUUUCGGCAUCUGUAGAGCCAAGAGCCGGUGAACCUUCCCACUUUGUACACAGCCAUAACCCUUGCGAAAGUGCUUUGAAGACCAUAGCAAAGGAAUCCGAAGUGGAGGGUCUAGAUCGCAUUGACCCGACCACAUACGCACCGUUUCUUGCGUCUAGGCCUGAUGAGUUUGAAACAAGCGCCAUACAGUUAUUGAUUUCCUGCAUGACAAAAUCAAUCAGAAGCUACAAGAGAAUCCCUGACGUUCAUAUAGCGCAUUUGUCGACACAAGAGGCUUUACCUAUCCUUAAGCAUGCACAAAUUGAUUUGGGACUUCCCAUUUCUGCGGAAACCUGCUUUCACUACUUGACAUUUGCUGCCGAAAAUAUCCCCGCUAAAGCAACCCAGUACAAAUGCUGUCCUCCUAUUCGUAAUGAGGAUAAUAGAAUAGCAUUAUGGAAUGCUUUGCGUGAUGGUACUAUUAAAACGGUGGUCAGUGAUCACUCGCCCUGUACACCAGAGCUAAAAAACCUGGCGGAAGGGGACUUUCUCACCGCUUGGGGAGGUAUCAGUUCAGUCGGCCUUGGCCUCUCCAUCAUGAUUACUGAAGGUGCAGAAAUGAAUCCACCUGUUAGUCUAAUCGAAAUAAUAAAAUGGUGCUGUGAAAACACCGCGAAACAAGUUGGCCUCCAUGAUGUCAAAGGAUUUUUGCGUGUUGGCUAUGAUGCAGACUUUGUUGUCCUCGAUCAGCAUAGGAAACGGAUUAUUUCGGAUGGCAACAUUUUCUACAAGAACAAAUUAACGGCAUAUGACGGGCGCGAGUUGAGGGGCCAAGUUGUGGCCACUUAUUUGAGAGGCAACAUAGUGUUUGAUGUGGAGUCCGGGCACUCUACCAUUCCACUAGGUUGCACACUGCUCGAACCUAGGAGAAUUUGA